AUGCCACUUCCACCACCCUUCACACCUCUUUCUCCUGUUCUUCCAUCGGAAACCCUCACAACAAAGCGACCGACGAGUUUACUGCCGCCCACCUCCAAAACGAAGCGUUUUCAAUUGUUUUCCUCUGAACUUGGUUUGAUCCAAUUGGAUGAACUGUUGAACGAAGAGGGUCAAAAAGCAUUAGAAACUAUCAUUGGGCAAACCACGACUACCAGUAAGAAGAAAAAGCAAGAAAGUGAACGGCGAGAGCAAUUGCUAAAGCAGCAAGGGUUAUUGAUCGAAGAUGUAUCCCUUUCUGCUGCCUCCUCACCUGAGAGUCACCCCAACACGGCGACGACGACGACGGCUACUGCCACCACGGCUAUUACAAAGACAGGCUGCUGGUGGAUGGAUUGCUCGAAUCCUACACCAAAAGAGCUGGAAGUCAUUAGUAAAACAUUCCGCAUCCAUCCCCUGACCACUGAAGAUAUUCAAGUACAGGAACAGCGAGAGAAAGUAGAACUCUUCCCUCACUACACAUUCGUUUGUUUUCGAGCCUUUGACGUCGACCCUAUUUCCGAAUUGAUCAAACCUUUCAACUUUUACAUUUUGAUUUUCAAAGAAGGUCUUGUCACCUUUCAUUUUCAACCCUCCCCUCAUUGUGAUACGGUACGGGAGCGAUGCGAUCAGCUCAAAAGCUAUAUGGAUAUGACGCCGGACUGGAUGAAUUAUGCGUUGAUUGAUGCGAUCACGGAUAGUUUUGCCCCGAUUAUAUUGGAAGUCGAAAUGGAAGCAGUAAGCAUUGACGAGUUAUCGUUAGUUUUACGAAAGGCAGAUCGAGCGGAUAUGUUGAAACGUAUUAGUCGAUGUCGUAAAAAAUCCACUCAAGUAGCAAGAUUGUUGGGAUCGAAAAUAGAUGUCAUUAAGAGUCUGAAAAAGAGAUAUCAGGAAAAGAUCAAAGAGCAAAAGAUACAACAGCAACAGUUAGCACAGCAACAUCAGCAAUCUGACCUUGACUUACAAUUGCAGUAUCAACAACUCCUUGAGCAGUUCCCCUUCUCAGAUGUCUUACUUUAUCUGAGCGACAUUCAAGACCACGUCGUGACCAUGAUACAAAAUAUCAACCACUACGAUCGGAUCCUUCAUAGAGCUCAUACCAAUUAUCUGGCGCAAGUCAACUUGGAAUUGAUUGAGACGUACAAUCGAACAAACAGUGUGAUGAACCGCUUAACAUUUCUAGCAACAGUCUUUAUUCCCUUAACCAUCAUUGGCAGUUUGUGGGGCAUGAAUGUUUAUGUGCCUGGCAAAGGCCAUUCGGAUGACAGCUAUUUUUGGUGGAUUUUGGCAGGAAUGGCCAUAUAUACCGCUGUUUGUCUCCAUUUUGGAAAGAGAUUAGGAUUAGUUUAA